GGCGUCGACUGUGGCGGCGCGGUGCACUGUGGGAUAGGGAGCGAUCGCCGUGCGAGGCAGCAAGAUGGACGCGGGAUUCUUCCGCGGAACAAGUGCAGAACAGGACAAUCGUUUCAGCAAUAAGCAGAAGAAGCUACUAAAGCAGUUGAAGUUUGCAGAAUGUCUAGAAAAAAAGGUAGACAUGGGCAAAGUAAAUUUGGAGGUGAUUAAGCCUUGGAUUACAAAACGAGUAACAGAAAUUCUUGGAUUUGAGGAUGAUGUAGUAAUUGAAUUCAUAUUCAACCAGCUGGAAGUGAAGAAUCCAGAUUCCAAAAUGAUGCAGAUUAACCUGACUGGGUUCUUGAAUGGGAAAAAUGCAAGAGAAUUUAUGGGAGAGCUGUGGCCCCUGUUGUUGAGUGCACAGGAAAACAUUGCUGGGAUCCCCUCUGCUUUCUUGGAACUGAAGAAGGAGGAAAUAAAACAAAGACAGAUUGAACAAGAAAAACUGGCAUCUAUGAAGAAACAAGAUGAAGACAAAGAUAAGAGGGACAAAGAAGAAAAGGAGAGUAGCAGAGAAAAAAGGGAGCGAUCCAGAAGCCCAAGAAGACGCAAGUCCAGAUCUCCUUCCCCUAGAAGACGAGCCUCCCCUGUCAGGCGAGAGAGAAAGCGAAGUCAUUCUCGAUCUCCUCGUCACAGAACCAAGAGCCGGAGCCCCUCCCCUGCUCCAGAAAAGAAAGAAGAGAUCCCAGAACUUCCAGAACCUUCAGUGAAGGCCAAGGAACCUUCAAUACAAGAGGCAACCUCUACUAGUGAUAUUCUGAAAGCUCCCAAACCUGAACCUAUACCAGAAACGAAGGAACCUUCACCAGAAAAAAAUUCAAAAAAGGAAAAAGAAAAGGACAAAACCCGCCCACGGUCUCGAUCACGAUCCAAAUCGAGGUCACGAACACGUUCUCGGUCCCCUUCUCAUACUCGACCAAGACGGCGUCACAGGACACGUUCAAGAUCAUAUUCACCAAGAAGACGACCCAGUCCAAGAAGGCGGCCAUCCCCUCGAAGAAGAACCCCCCCAAGACGAAUGCCUCCUCCACCAAGGCAUAGAAGAAGUCGAUCUCCUGUGAGACGAAGGCGGCGAUCGUCAGCAUCUCUGUCCGGCAGCAGCUCAUCAUCAUCUUCAUCCCGUUCCCGGUCACCUCCAAAGAAGCCACCCAAAAGAAUCUCCAGCCCCCCUAGAAAAACGCGUAGACUCUCUCCAUCCUCAAGCCCUCCCCGGCGAAGGCAUCGGCCAUCUCCGCCCGCAAGCCCACCGCCAAAAACCCGUCGGUCACCAACACCCCAGCAGUCAAAUCGUACUAGAAAAAGUCGUGGCUCUGUUUCUCCAGGGAGAACCUCAGGUAAAGCAACAAAACAUAAAGGUACCGAGAAAAGGGAGUCACCUUCACCAGCACCAAAACCUCGGAAAGUAGAGUUAUCUGAAUCGGAAGAAGACAAAGGUGGCAGAAUGGCAGCAGCUGAUUCCGUGCAGCAAAGGCGGCAGUACCGGAGACAGAACCAGCAGUCUUCUUCUGACUCUGGCUCCUCCUCCUCCUCAGAAGACGAGCGACCGAAGAGAUCAAACGUGAAAAAUGGAGAAGUGGGAAGGCGUCGACGCCAUUCAGCCUCCCGGAGUGCAUCCCCAUCGCCACGGAAACGUCAGAAAGAGUCCUCUCCUCGGAUGCAGAUGGGAAAGAGAUGGCAAUCGCCAAUGAUUAAAAGUAGUAGGCGGAGAAGAAGUCCUUCACCACCACCAGCCAGACGACGGCGCUCCCCUUCUCCUGCCCCUCCACCCCGGCGGCGGAGGUCUCCUACACCACCACCGCCACCACCACGGCGCAGGACUCCUUCUCCUCCCCCACGUCGACGCUCACCUUCUCCAAGAAGAUACUCUCCUCCAAUCCAGAGAAGAUACUCUCCUUCCCCGCCACCACCUCCCAAGCGAAGGGCGUCGCCUUCGCCUCCCCCAAAGCGACGGGUCUCCCAUUCACCACCUCCCAAGCCAAGAAGUUCCCCUGUUACAAAGAGACGUUCCCCUUCCUUAUCAUCUAAGCAUAGGAAAGGGUCCCCUCCUAGCCGAUCCACCCGAGAAACCCGGUCUCCUCUACCAAACAAAAGGCAUUCACCUUCACCACGGCCUCGAGUUCCUCAUACCUCUGCAAGUCCUCCCCCACUCCGAAGAGGGGCUUCAUCUUCACCCCAAAGAAGGCAGUCCCCGUCACCAAGCACUAGACCUAUCAGGAGAGUCUCCAGAACCCCGGAACCCAGAAAAGCAAAAAAGGCUGCCUCACCAAGUCCCCAGUCUGUAAGAAGAGUCUCAUCCUCCAGAUCUGCCUCCAGAUCUCCUGAGCCAGCAGCUAAGAAACACCAAGCACCUCCAUCCCCCACCCAGUCUCAGUCCCCAUCCACGAACUGGUCGCCAGCAGCACCUGUCAAGAAGGCUAAAAGCCCCACGCCAAGCCCAUCCCCUGCCAGGAAUUCAGACCAGGAGGGUGGUGGGAAGAAAAAGAAGAAGAAGAAGGACAAGAAACACAAGAAGGACAAGAAGCACAAAAAACACAAAAAACAUAAGAAGGAGAAGGCGGCCGCUGCUGCCGCUGCCGCUGCCGCUGUGGCAUCUACCACCACAUCAGCCCAGGAGGAGCCUGAAGCAGAGACAGAGCCCAAAAAGGAGACUGAGAGUGAAGCUGAGGACAACCUGGAUGACCUAGAGAAACACCUUCGGGAAAAGGCGCUGAGGUCGAUGAGAAAGGCGCAAGUGUCCCCACAGUCCUAGGUGGGACCGUUUGUUAUAAUGUACAUUUGAUUGGGUUUGUACUCAGAUUCCAUUUCACAAUUGCUAAAAUGUGUUUGAGCUUUAGGCUAUAACAUUUGUUGUCAUAAUUGCUAGGUUGAGGUUCACCAUGUAAAAAAAGGGCAUGGAUUUACAUUACAAAAGGUGUCCACAGUGUACUAGUGACAUUCAUUGACAGCCAACAUAACUUCAUUUUGAGACAUUUUUAAGGGGAAAAUUUUUUUUAAAGGGGUUUAAGUACGCCUGACAACCAUCUGGUUCCUUUAAUUCCUCUCCCAGCCCUGGCCCUACACACAGAUUAUCUUUUAAGUUCUUGUUCAAUUCUUGGCCCCCAUUUAAGUUGUGAGGCUUUGACUUUGAAGCUGUCUGAAAGAGAGACCACUGUUCACCAGAAGUCGACACAAGCAUUUUUAAUGCCACACUCUUUCCUGUUGCUGUCGUCUCUGCUGAGGUGAAUCAAGAUUAGAACUCUUAGGAUGGUCCAGUAAACGAACGCACGCUGUUCGCCAGGACACUGUGGGCUUAUACUGAUGUAACUAGUUGAUUUGGAACACUGGAAUUCCAUUUUUUCCUGUCUUGUUCCCCCCCCACCCCACCCUCCAUUCGCUUGUAAGGACAGUUAUGCCCCAGAAAGGUUCCUUCAGUUACAUAAAAUUCUGUUUGUGAAAUGACAUCAUUGCCCCAUUCAUAAUUCUUGUCUUGUUUGGGUUCUUCCAGUUGGUAGAACUUUCAGAGCUCUUGCCUUUGAAAAGUGGAAGGAUCUCAACUUUGGAUAUUGUCAUGUUUUCACCGUUUUAUUUUAUUUUGGUUUUUUUUUUUUUUUUUGG